AUGGGAAAGGAGGACAAAGGGAUGGCAAUAUAUUUUCUAAGAAUAACUCCACAAUUCCUCCGUGAGGUGGACUACCUGGUGUGCACAGAGGUGGAUAUGAAGUUCCGCGACCACGUGAAAGUGUUCCCCUCUUUUGGCACCCUGCACCCCGGUUUCUACCUGGCAGCCCACAAAGACUUCAGCUAUGAGCAUCGGCCACAGUUCCAGGCACACAUCCCCAGGGGCAAGGGUGACUUUUACUACAUGGGGGCCUUUUUUGGGGGGUCAGUGGAGGUUCACCGACUGACCUUGGCCUGUCACCAGGUGAUGGGAGUCGACCUGGCCAAUGGGAUCGAGGCUGUGUGGCACGACGAGAGCCACCUGAACAGGCACCUGCUGGACCACAAGCCCCUCAAGGUGCUGUCCCCGGAGGACCUGUGGACCUGUAGAUGCUGGGUUGUCCCCAGAGGACCUGUGCACCCAACACCACCUAAACUAUUGGCCAUUUCUUGUCACUUGAGCUGA